GCUGGCUAUCUUGUCAACAUGGCGGAAAAGCCGUCUCAGGAGAGGAAGUUAGUGUAAUACUUUGCUCUGUUUGCCAGCUUCAGAAAAAUAUUAAGAUGAGACCACCUCCAGUAGUGACUGGCAUCUCUCCUGCAGAGGGUCCACCUGGAACUAAGGUGAUCAUUCGUGGAGAACACCUCGGUGUCAACGCGAAAGAUGUGACAGGUUCGUCUACAUGUCUGAUCAGGAAAUCUUUGUAAAGAUAUUUCCUUAGUUUUUCUGAGUUUGAUAUUGAAUCAGUCGCAAUUUUUUUCUGAAAUUUCAUCCGGCAAAUAUAAAUGCAAUGUGGUGACUUGCUCCUCCUUUACUGUGGUUACGUUACUGGGGUGGAAGAACAUACAAUCUUUGUGACCUCUCCCAAAAUAGCCUGGCGUCUCCAGCAUAUGGUUAACAAACUUAAAGUUUCCUGUACUGUCUGCUAAAUCUCCCAUAUAAAUGGAUAAUCUUUUCUUCACAAGUGAGAAAAUCUCGCUCAUUUUGUCUUCAUUACAAAUGAUUAUUGUGGAUACUCAAGGAUUAUUGCAUUUUGUUUGUUUAUUUGGAGUAUGUGUUUGAGGAGGUGGCUAAUAAAUUAAAUGAAAAUAAAAUUGGGGUAAGGAUUGGGGAUAGGGGUGAUAGAUAAUCUCCUAUUUCCAGAUUUAGAUUUCUACAGGUUAAACACUCUAAGAUGUACAUUUAUUUAAUAAAAAAAAAACAGUUGCAGGUCAUUUUAAGAAGAGUAUACUAUAUUUUCUCAAAUAAGCACUUGGGUGCUUGUUUAAAAUUUUGGCUAAAAGUGGGAGGGGCACUUAUUGGAAGGAGGGUGGUUAAUCAAGGGGGUACUUAGUGAUGAGAUAACAUUGAAAUAUAAUUAUGAAGACAGGAAAUCCAAAUGCGGCCAUUGGAGAUAUUGAUAGGUUGGUUGUAAAAAAACUUGGCUGUAAAAUGUGGAAGCAUUCUGGCUUUUACUCAGGAUGCAAACAAGUAGUUGUGAUAAGAAGAUACAGCAUCAGUUUAUUAGUUAUUAAAUCAUUAAAUUAUAGAGAAUUGUGGUAUAUGUACAACAAAUAAAUUAAAUAUUUACCUUAACUGAUUUUUGAUGUUAUCAGGUCUGACUAUUUGUGGUGCCAAUUGUCUGCUGUCAGCUGACUACAAGUCAGCCAGCAAAAUCGUAGCACGGACUGGAAAGGCUCAACCAGGGAAAGGAGAUGUGAUAGUCACAACACGAUCAGGAGGACAAGGAAGCUGUACUGUACAGUUUAAAAGUGUCAUGGUGGUUCCAGGUAUAUGUUCUCUAUCUGCACAAUUUAAUAGUUUAUUUUUAGUUUAGCCUUAAAACAGUAAUUGAUUUGUAAGAAGAAAAGGCACUACAAAGUUGAAGGAUAAUUCAUUAAGACAAUUAGUGUACUAAAUUUUAUUGUUUCCUUUUUGUUAUGUUGUAUAAUUUAUAUUUACCCACAAUUUUCUCCGUCUGAACAACCUACCUCAUUCAAACAGUUCAGUACACUAUUGAGUUUGAGAUAUAGGCGAUAACAAAUGGUGCUAAAAAUUUAGCCUCUCCUUGGGAAAUUGUGUUUCAAUGAGGUAUGUUAAUGUAACAUCAAAUAUUAUAUAUUGAGAGAAAGAAAAUUUAUUUGCAUCUUUUUUCAAUUUUGGUUGCAGAUCCUUUGAAAGAGAGUGCUGUUUGGUUGGAAGAGGUAGACCCAGAAGAAUUAAGGGUGCGGUCUGGCUCAGUAAGACCUGUGUCACCGCAGAUGAAUACCAGCCAAGAUCCCUUGGGAACAGGCACUGAUAUAUUUAGGUUAGUUCUGCUACGUUUGUUAAAAUGCACACUAGAGAAAAACUCCUUUUAAUGAAGAAAAGAACUUAUCAAUAACUUGUCAAUUGAUAUUAAGAUGAAUGAUGCAAUCAUAUGAUAUCAAACAAAGACAUAACAGUCCAGGAUUUAUUUGUACAUGUAGAAAACUGAUUCUUUUUAAAAGAUAUUAACUAUAAUGUUUUUAUAUUAAAAUCUUUUGUUAGCAAUAAAUUUACAGAGGAACAAAUUGAAGAGUUUUAUCCUGAAGGUUGGUUGAUUUAUUUCAAAUGGAAAUAACUUGUUGUUGCAUAAUAUUGGUAUUUCUAUCACUGAUAUUUCUAUCAUUGUAUACCUUUACUGGUUUCAGAAGUUGAUAAUUCUUUUACAAAUGUCAACUUUUGCUUGAUCAUACUGCCUAAAAAUGACUCUUUCAGAAGAUCAAAACUGCUGUACCUGUGUUAUUUAAAUGCCUUCCAAUGUAAUUUGAAUCUAUAUUUUUUUGGUUAUUUCUCUAAGCUUUUAACUAGUUGGUCAUAUAGGGUGGAUAAAUAUAAGUGGCCAAUGUAUCUGAUAGAUGCUUUCAAACUUUUAAUGAGUACAUGGAAACUUCAAGUUAGAACAUUUUGUGUGUUACACAUAAUCACAUUUGUCUGAGUAAUUCCAGAAUUCUUUGGUGUAUGUUUUUUUUUAAUUUUUGUUAUUGUUUUUGUGCCUUGAAGGAAGUGGAAAUAUCCUCAGUGAAAACUUUAUUCCAGGAUGGUUUUUAAUGGAGAGUCACUCAGAAACUGAGUGAGUAACAUUUGACUAUCAAAUAGUCAUUCAGUUUUCUUGUUAAGUCAUUGUUAACAUUGUUAAGUCAUCCAACUGUUUUUCUGAGUAUGCAGGCUGAUUCAAUCCUCUCAUGAAAUCUUGGUCUGUGAUGACAAACUCUUUUAUCACUCAUUUUUACUAUUAAUGAAACACACAUUUUCUUAAGUUAAAAAAAGAUGAGUGAGCAUAUGCACCAAGUUUUGAAAACCAAAUAAUUUUUGAAUAUUCACUCAGUUGGAGAGUAAAAACUCAGCAUUUGUGUAAAUUAAAAAUUGCAGUCAGUGGCAGCUUUUGAGUUGCUUUCGGUAAGUUUUAAUUUUUGUGACUAUGAUAGAAUCAAAAUAAAUUUCAAACUCACAAUGAUACUUUUUUUAGACAUUCAAUAAGUCAUUUUAGCUUUUGCUUAUUGCCUAUUAAAGGAGGCACUGUGCGCUGGUUGCUAGUAACCUGAGCUAAAGGAACAGAUACAAUGCAAUAUAAUAUUGUAAUUAUUUUUUUAUUGAGAUGAACCUUCUAAGGGUUAACUUACAUGUGUGUGGGUCUUCUAAAACUAUUGGUAACAGUAAUUACUGUAAUUUCAAAUGUUGUCAUUUAGUACAUACUAAGACAGUGGAAAGGUGGGCCCUGAUUACACUCUGAAUAUUCUUUCCUAUUCACCUUCAAGCAACUCAUGCAGGAUUUGCACCCAAAAGUAUUGUAAUAAUUAAAUUAGUUACUGUUUUAGUUUGUACAAAAACAAAUAUUUACUUCAGUGUCAGUGGCUAGCAGUGGAUAUUUAACUUGCCCCUUUGCAGCUUGGUAAAUAUCCACAACUAACUGCCAACACUGAAGGGAAUAGUUGUUAAUUGAUUUGUAUUGUUAAAUAAUGAAAUUUCAAUGUGAAGCGUAAAAACAGCGUAAAUAGAUACAAAACAGGAAACUGAUGGUGGCCCAAUUCAUGGCAAAACGUGUCUUCAAAAAGUAUUAUCUUAAGUUUGAAAUUUAUUUUGAUUUAUAUAUAUAUAUUUUCAGAUUUAAUACACUAUCAGCUGGUCUCAAAUAUCUGAGACAUGAGGAGUCAAGAAGGGCUACUGGUCCACUUGCAUUUGUCAAAGAGAAUGUUGGGACAUUCCUUGAUGCUGUUGACACUCUCAGAAGUAUCCUUUAAGGUUGGGGAUUUCAAUGGAAAUGAGUGUAAUGGGUAGAUAGGCUAUGCAUACAUUUAUAUGUGACAUUAAUAAUUAUUAGGGGACAAAUGAUAUACUGGUAUUAAAUAAUUAUUGACAUAUUAUGGAGAUAACUUAAUAAUACCUCCAGGUGUUGUGUAAAAUACACAUGUGUCAGUUUUUUCUCUCUGUUUUUUCCUCAUCCACUUACUUUCUAUUAGAUAGAGUGGAUAUACAUGUACUUGUACUGUUCACAUUUCAAAAUGGGAAUUGAUAGGCCAAAAUGAAGUUAACAAUUACUAAAACAGCGUAAUUGUGGGGUAAUAUCUCAAGCAUGGAAGGCUAACUUGACUUGACAAAAUUGCUCUCUUUUUUGGUAUGCUAAUAACACACAUGUUGUGAGUAUUUAAUGGCUGAAUUUCUUUAACUAAGAUGAUUAUUAGGUGUUCAGCAUGAUAUGCUGCGGGAUGAAAGCACCUGUGAUGGAGGAUCCAUUGUAGAGAAACUGGAGUCUUUUGUACAAGGUGUUGUUGAUGCACUUAAGGGCUGAAGACUACUUAUUUUAAACUACAUUAAUAAACAAACUGUGAUUUGAUUCUUUCCGAAACAUUUCCAAAAUUGGUUUUGCAUUUUUUUUCUAGAAUAUAUAAAUUCAUUUACGGUAUACAAUUAUGCACUACAUGUAACUCGUAUGGCAUGUUUUGGUUAAAACCUCUCUUGGUUUGAAAUAUGAAAAUUGCCAAAUCCUUGAACAAAGUACAUAAUAUUUUUAUGUUGUAGUUAAAACAAAUUUUUCACUUUAACCCUUUAACUCCAGGAUGUGAUUGUUAAUCCUCUCCUCUAGCUGCUACAUAUUUCUCUGUAAAUUAGUUUUGAAAAUUUGGUGUUGGAUCAAGAUAACAACUUCUACCUAAUAAGUUUGUGUAUUCUCAUUGCCUGUUUGCUGGAUAGUGUAUUGAACUUAUUGGGAGAAGUUACAAAUUAAUCACUUCUGGGAGUUAAAGAGUAAAAUGAUGUUAAACAAGUUUGGGUUGUACACAUUAAGCUCUCUUUGUCUCCUGAGUAAUUUUUAAAAAUAGCAACACAGUGAUGUACCAGGAACAAAAGAAGGAAAAAUUGAACUUGCUUACAAUUGUUUUGACUUGAAGUUAAUUCUAAACUAAAAGAAAAAAUUAUUAAUUUUUUUUCCCAACAGGUGCCAGCAAAAAUGCAGAGGGCUUGUUCCAGGAUGUGUUAGGUCGCAAAGAUGAUGCUGACAGAACAAGAAAUGCUCUCAAUGUUCUACAGAGAUUCAGAUUUCUGUUUAGUCUGCCACAAUGCAUUGAGAGAAACAUACAGCAGGUAUGCCCUUAAUCUUAGCUCUAACCCUUAAACUUGUUAACCUGCAUGGACCAACAUGUAUCUUCUCUUUACAAUGUUAUGGCAUCAUCCAGUAAACAUGGGAUAAGAAGAGAGAAACUUAUCAACUAGAUGAUUUUAUUCUCAUAUACACUGUAACACAAAAUUCUCUAAACUUAUUAACCAGAAAUAUGUAGUCAUUUGAAGAGAGAAUUAAUAAUUUAAUCUCACAGAGUUACAUGUAAAGGGUUCAAAUGUGUCUAGAAAAGUACCCUUCAGCACGGAGCAUGUUUGCUUCGCAUUGUCAUCUUUCCUACAAAGUAGUAUUCUGGGGGUGAAGCCUUUUAGCCAAGGUAGACACAUAUCUGUGUACAGAUCAAUGAGUUUCAGGUCAAAAUUAUUCCAAACUUAUCUUUGUUGUAUGAAUUCAGGGUGAUUAUGAGAUGGUAAUUAGUGAUUAUGGAAGGGCUAAAUCAUUGUUUGCUGGAACAGACAUAAAGAUUUUCAAAAGAGGUGAGCAUUUUGAUAAUGUGGUAAUUCACGGUAAUUCAGGAUAACUAGGAGAGGAACAUUUAAGGUCAAGUCAGCAAUUAAUCUUAGUGGCCCACAAGGUACCAGAGCUUAUCCUGACUUUUUAAGCAUGAAGUGAUCAGCAGUAUUGCUACUCUCCCUGGAUGUAAUGCUAGUUCAUUGCAGGUUACCCUCCUACAUUUCAUAACUCCUGGAUAAAGAGAAGCACUGUGAGGGUAAAGGAUCUUGCCCAAGAUCACAACACAUUGACCCAGCCAGGUCUGGAACCCAGACCUUUUGAGUCAGAGUCCUGUGUGCUAACCCCUAGGUCAACAGCCUUCCAGUAUGAAGAACAUUAGAAUUGCACAUGAUAUUUAUGGCUACCAACAACAGUUCUGGCAUUUCAUUCAACCUGCUUUUUACAUAUCAAUCAUUUGAAACUUGAAUAUUUCCUUUCAAAAAAGAAUUUUAGGUCUAAAUAUCUACAAAAUGAUGAUGGAAGUAAAACAAGGUUAUCUUAACUGUUGAUUGAGUCAGUUAAUUACUCAUAUUCUAGUUUUGCAAGAAGUUGAAGCCAAAAUAGAGAGUUUCCGUCAACAUCUUAAACUGAAACUUGCUGAUUUGCCGUCACCACCAGAAGAACAGAAGAGACUCAUAAGGUAUUACUGACAUUAGAUAAAGUUAACAGAGUUUAAAGAAUCAAGUAAACUGGUGGAACUAAGGCAUUCUGUGUUCUCCAUGUGCAAAGUCCUUUUCUUUAUUAAUUAUAGUUAUCCAUGAAGUUAGGACAAAAGAAAUACAAACCUUUUCUCAUAAUUGUAUUCCUGUAUCAGUGUUCUUUAUUAUUUUAAUUUUGAUAAUGUAAAUACAGUGUAUAUUAUUUACUUGAAAUACAUAGUCAUGUACCAUGUUUGAUCAUAUACAUGUAAAUCCAUGUCCAAACACCUCAAUACUCAUCAGAAAGUCAAAGUUUGUUAACAAUGUUAUGUUCUGCAUGAACACAACAAUAAAAGAGCCUGUAAGAACUUGUGUCAAUUUGGAAACCUCCAAGCCACCAUUUCAUAUGCCUUUAUACACUAGGUAUCUAGUGGACUUAGACUACCAAGGGGACCCUGCUUGGGAAUGUCUUGUCCUUCAGAAGGAUUGGUUACUCAAGCUAAUGACCACCUGCCAAGAAGAUCAUAAAUCUAAAGGCAAGUACUUCUAGGAGACUUUCUUUUUAAGUUGGCAAUCUUGUAGUUGUUUUCUUAAAAUCUUGUUCAACUUCUCUUUCAUAUUACUUGGCUGAAAUAGUUUUGUUCUUCUUGUCAGACUCUGUUCCUCUGCUUCAAGUUGAUUCUUCAAAGACAGAAUUAGACAUCAGAGCAUCAAGAAGUGUGAACACCAUGGGUUUGUGUAUUAUAAUCUGAUUUUUGAUGUACAUGACACACAUUUGCAUUUGCACAAGUUCACUCAGUGAUCUGUUUACUGUAGCAUCCCUAAAUUGGGGAAUGUAUCAGGUUAGUGGUUACUUUAUGGCAUGAUUAGUAUGGAAGGUUCAUGGCACCAAAAUGGAACUUAUUGCAACUUGAUAAUUCACAUUUUCUCCCACUUGAGGAUGGGUUUUCAAAUUGUAUUUACUUUAAAUUGUCAUUGCCAUAAUUUUGCUUUCAGUUGCUAUUAAUAAUUUUAAAUUGUCUUUAGUGUCAGAAUUAAAAGGAAAAAUUUUGAAAAGACUGUGGCUUAAGGCCUCUUUUUUUUGUCAGAAUUUAUUUUAUAUUCACACAGGUCUCAAACUUCAAUUUUUUUUUCAUAAUUUUUGAAUAUUAAAUAAUUGUUCAGGAGAAGCAUGCAUAAAUUGUAACUUACUCUCACAAUGAAAAACAAACAAUGUUACCUUAAUGUAACUAAAAAAAGAAAAUUUAAAGUAUUUUUAAGGACUUUUUAGAAAUUUUGAAUAUCUUUGGUUUCAGGAUCUUAUCAUAGUGAAUCUCUGGGAAUUCUUGGAGUCACUCCAGCACUAAAUAAGGCAACUUCUUUAGAAAGAAACAGUAAGUUACAGAAUACUUCUUAUAGAUAAGUUUGUGUAUUUUAAGUAAUUUACGGCAGUUGCCUUUACAUAUAGGAAGUUAUCAUAACAAGAUCAGAUAGCAUUGUGAUCAGCACUUUGGACACCUUAAUCCAGCAGUCUGAGUGGUUCACUGAGGUGUGUUCUUGGGUAAGACACCUCAUUCUCAUAGUCAGCUUCUGAGAAGUGAAGUAAACAGGGUUAUUUUGCUAUUUCCAACCCUUCCCCUCCGCUCCAUGCCAAGGUAACCUGAUAGAAUUUUUGAGGCUUCCCUGACAUUUUGCUGGUACCCUGUAAUACUCCUGGGUGAAGACAGGUAAUGCAAGAGUAAAGUAUCUUGCCCAAGAACACAACAUAAUGACUUACUAGCCAGGCGUCAAACCUCAAUAUCUCCACUUAGAGUUCAGUCCAACCAUUACAAUACCACAUCCCUCUCCCACCCCUCCACCCUAAUGGGAAGAGACAGUGUGAAAAUAAGAUUUCCUUGCCAACAACAGAACAAUUUAACCUGGUAUUAAAUGUCUUAUUUUAUUAGUGCUAUAGUUAUAGAAAAACUGUCUACAAGUUACUGAUAUUGCUUGGACAUUGUAGGCACCAGUGAAAAAUAGUAUUAUCAUGACAAAAACAAUAAUUUGAAGGAAUAAAAUGUAAAAAUGUGGUGAUUUCAAACUAAUCUAAUGUGGUUAUAUUAUUUUUUUUAGGUUUCAUUUAGGCUGACUGUUUUAUUUAUGUCAAUUUGUUUAAAUUGUCUAAUGUGUAUCAUCCUGAUUGUUUUCACCCAGUUAAAAGUGGUUCUUCAGUGCCGCAGCGGGUGGUGUUUGUUGAGGAAUUAUCAGAGCUAUUGACUGAGGGUUUACCUGAUUUGUGGAAACUGGGCCAAGCUUACUUCAAUGGAACCCUGAUUGGAGAUGUAUGUUUGGUUACUUUCUUGUUAAUGUUAUUGUGCCUAUCAUUGACCUUCUGUUCAAAGUCUUAAAACCAGUUGUGCAGAUAUUUUUAUGACCCUACUCUCUGUGUGGGCAGAAUGGGACAAAGAAGAUGAUAUGUAUUUUUAAGUUAUACAUUGUUACACUUUAUACAUAAUCAUUUGAUGAAUCACACAACAUCAGAUUCAUUUGAUUAAAAUAGAUAGAAGGAAGUGAAGUAUAGAUGACCAAAUUCAUACAGAUUUGACACUCUAGUAAUAUCAUUCCUAUACUUCUAUGCUUCACCUUUGGAAUGAUUCAGUCAUUUUUCUUUACCAUAGUUAUCAUCUAUAAUUUUUUAAGCCAAUCAAUUCCAAAUUCGAAAUGCGUAGUUGGAAGACAUAUUAACUUAAAGGAAUUUUACUCAAUAUUUAGUUUUAUUACAGGCUGUUAACCAUCUUAAAGUUUGUAAUAAUUUUUUUCUCCUAUUCUUUGCCACCCAUAGAAGUCAGACCCUUUAUAAAUCAAAGCAGCCUACUAUUCCUCUAGUAUCAGCACUUGUCUUUGUGCAUAUACUCCCAUCUAUAUCAAAUAACUUAAAGUUGACUUUUUUCCCUUUCCAAACAGUCCAGUGGGUCAUCAAAGCAACUCAAGCCUACAGCACAAAAGCAAAAAUCUUUUGAGGUAUUUGCAGCAAUAUUUGUGCGUACAUGUAUGUUUAGUAUUGAUUUCGUGGAAGUAUGAUUAACUUAAUCAUGUUCUUGGUUGGAAAAAAAAUGCAGGCCAUGUAUCAAGGAAAGGAUUCUAUCUUUUUACCUAAUGUACAUGUUGCCAUGGUGUUCUUCCUGGUUUAUUUUCUUUCAGGAAAUGAUACAUGAUGUGACAUCAUCAUAUGCAGAUCUUGUUAAAGCAGCAUUUUUUCCAAGUUCAUCUACUGUGCUUAAUGUUCCUUCUAAAGAGAAACAAGGAUCUUGGCAUACUCCUGUAGAGGGGAUGGGUGCUUGGCUUCCAUCCUGUGUCAGAUAUGUCAGGUAACUAUUUUGAUAGCAUUGAAAUGCCCAUUCAUUGAUACAUCCUACUCUGUGUGAACUUUUAAUGACAUUACCAUAUGGUUACACCAUUAUGGUUAUGCACUGUUCUGCCAUUUUACCAGAUAAGGGCAUCAGAUCACUCAAAAUAUGCCAUGGUAUUAAACUGUGAGUAGAGCAAAACUACCAACAGAAUGUGGAGCAACAAAAUGGUCUCAGUGAACCUUGCAAACUUUAAUUUUUUUUGGUUUCAGGUUUGUCUUUACUGAGCAACAAACUUUUGUAGGCAUUUUGUUUCAUCUGUAUUGUUUGUAUAUGUUUUUUCUUUUACCCACACCUUAUGACAUCACUGAGAUGCUCAUUUGAUGAUGCUCCAGAAACUUUUGUGUGUUACAUUUCCCCAACCUGAGUCUUUCUUAUUUGUUUUAGUUUCAAACCUUUAGGGACAGUGUUUUGGCCAAGUUUGUAAUUGACUCUACAUUUACAUACAAAGUUUUUCUUUAAUGUGCAUGUACACUGAGUCUUAAAACCUAAUGUUGUUGUUAACAGAUCUUGCAUGGAGUCCCUACAAAGGUUAACUCUUCCAAAUCAAGCUUUAGAUGGUAUUAAAAAGCUGGUUGGAGACCUGCGUAUGCUCUGUGCUAAAGAAGUCUUUAAAGAAGCCACUGAAGGUUACAUCUGUGAAGUCUUCACAAUUCUGUUUUGAGUAUCUCUGUCCCCUAUGCCUUAACUAGUGUUUCCCAUAAGUCUUUCUUUGUAAAUGAAAUAAGAGAGAUGGCAACUGGAAACUUAUCAUCUCUCCUAUUGUAUUUACAAACAUGACUUUCUUGACAUUGCUGAUCCUAGCAGUAUGCAUGGCACAUGUCAUGAACUUACUGAACUAACAGGUGUUGCUCACCAUAUAGUCUCUGUGACUUAGUGGUAGAGCAUUGGAGUGCAGAAUCUGAGGGUCAGAGGUUUGAUUCCUAAUUUUUUCUCUCCCAUGCUUGUGACAAUGGAAAAACAACAUCCUUCUUUAAGUCUUUCUUAAUUCAGAUACUUUUUUUCAGACUUACAAUUAGAUAAAACUUGAAUUUUCCAUGUAGCAUCAAUAAGUUUUAAUGGAAGAAGAUGUACAAUGAAGUAUGUUUCUAUGGGAAUUAGAAAUAAAUUUAUAUUAAAGUUAAGAAAAAAUACUGCUAAUGGAAAGUCAUACCAAUCAAAUUUUCCUCUGCAUAACAGUUAUGCCAUUCUCAUUAGGAACUUUUUGUUGGGACAUUUACAUUUUAGGGCCAUUGUCUGGAGAAACUUAACUGAGCUGUUCUCUCCAAAUCUUUAUGUAGAUAUCAAAUCACUACACUGCAGUGAGUUCUGGAGCUUGGAGCUGCAGGAAAAUGUUGGUCGGAUCACAAGCUUGGUAAGGUUGUUAGUUUGUAUUUUCACUGGCCACUUUUAAACAAAUGAAAAGAGCUAAUUAAAAAUACCUGUGUGCUCCCUCUUUUAGGAUUUUCAAUUUUCAUUCUCCAGCUGAUUACUUGUAUUGAUGACAUAGGGUGUUCCAUGUCAGUUUCAUUGAGAAUCAAAUCAGGCUCUUUACCCAGUGUAACAAGAUAACAAUGGAAAAUGCACUUACCAGCAUUAUACAUCAUGUAAUAAGGUAAUUGUGGAAAAUGUGCAUGGCAGUGUUUUACAAUGGGUGAUGAGAUGAUAGUGCAAAGUGCACUUGGCAGUUUACCAUGGGUAAUAUGGUAAAAACAAGGUCAUCGUGGAUAAUGUGCAUGGCCAUUCAUUUUACAGUCUAUCCCUUCCCAGCGUCUCAAAACUUUGUUAUGAAUAUCUGUCUUUAAUAUAUUGUAGCCUCUAAUGUUUGAAAACAUUGUCAUGGAAACGCUCCAUACACUACGAGAAAUGGCUCUGAGUGGAGAAACAGAUAAAAGGAAGGUAAUAAUUUCUGCAUUUUGCAUACUUAAGAUGUCGUUGUCUUUUGGGGACUUUUCAUAAUAGUUAUAAUAUGAAAACCAACCUAGUUGCUAUUAUUCAUUUUGAACCAUUUCACUCCCAAGAUCACAUUAGUUGUUUUCCUUACAGUGUGCCAUACAGUUCUUAUAAUGUACAUGUAAGUGUGGAGAAUUUGGUAUUAGAUUAACUUAUAAUCCCCUAAUUUAUAUUUUUCUUUAUUCUCAUCACUUAUCCGCUUGAUUUUAUAUUGAUAUUGUAAGGAAAAAUUCUGUGUUGUCACUCAUGGGAGUGAAAGGUUUAAUGCCUUUUAAUACAAUAUAGUACUUAAUUUAUAUCCUUAUUAAUGGAUUGUUUAAUGGAAUAUUAAUUUAUCUGUUUGUGCAGAAUCUGUUAUUGGUACCUGAAGUGUUGUCUGCAUUCCUGAGUGUACCAUCGUAUUUCAAAUCCCAGUUUAUUAUCAAUGAAAGUUUCCUUUUUGAAUUUUGUUCACUCUUGUUAUUGAAAACUUCUCUAAUUAAGAGACUGAGAUGUUUUUCAUGCCUGUGUAUGCAGAAAUGCUGACAAUUAGAAAAAUAGUGUUUUGAAAAUAUGUAACAAGUUUGGUACAUAAUGUAGUAGGAUCAGAAGAUGGCAAAUGUUGGCUUUGGUUGUCAAAUGUAAAAAAAAUGUUCAUUUUCUUUUGUAGAAUAUACAGCUGAAAACAGAUGCAGUUGAUCUUUUCAAGGAGAUGUUCCAGGUUUGUAAUCAUUGGUUUGAGUCAUAUAUUAAGGAAUUCCCCAUCUGUGAGCCAAAUGCAAUUAUUGCAUGUAUAGCAAGUUUGCAUAACAUCAGCAUGGGUCUGAAUGAACAACAAGUUUAUCUUGGAUAAAUGAACAAAUGAAUGAGUAAACAGAGGAGUGAACAAAAAAAAAGGCUCUUUAAUUUUAUAUUGAAAUUUUUAAUUUAUUAUCCUGAUCAGUUUGUGUUGUGGUACAACUAUGAUAAUGUUUUCAUUUUUGACUUUUCAGGCUUUUAUCAAGUGUCUUCACCAUUUGGCUUUUCAACCAGAUCAGGAGUCAGACAAAGUUUCUUUGUGAGUGAUACAUGAUUUUUUUGCGAGACUUUUCAAGGUGAAAAGAAUUCCUUUUCUUUAGCAACUUCACCUGUUUUGAUAUAAAUGAACAACCUUUUUUAAGUGUACAAUAUGUCAAAUCACAUUUUAUGAUUUAUCAGCAUAUCUGAAAUCCAGAAGUCAGCUGCCUUCUCAUUACAUAAGGUCUACCAUCAGCUUUUCUUGAUAAAUGUUUUGGGUUCUGUCUGACAAGCAGGUCUGGUACAAAGGGCAGUACUGGAGGUGGGUCUCAAGAGAAUCUGGAUAUAUCAUCUCAGUCAAUGGAAGACAAUACACCAGAUGUUGUAAGUUUUGUCAGAAGUUCUGGCAAAUAUUGUUUACAAUGGUAGGCUUUUUGGGUUAUAGAGGUUCAUAUGGAAGAUCUUUUGCUAAAGCUUGGAAAAUUCUACUUAAUUUUAAAGCCAAAAUUGUUUAAUAUACAAAACAAAAAGAAUCAACAGUUUGUGACUGUGGUAUUGUCCUGAUUGUGAAGAGCAAGAGCAAAGUGUUGAAUGUCUUGAAGCUUCUGAUACAGGGCACCAUGCAAGAUCACACCCACCUUCGCAGUGCGAACUGAACAACGGUACUAGAAACAGGGUUUUAUUGUCCAAGUAAUCAAAAUUGCUGAUUUGUGAUGAAAGUUUAUCGCUACUUCUUUUAAGGCCAAACAAAGUAUACAUGAGCUACAUGUAUGUUAAAGCUGCCUAAUGUUGCUCAGCAGAACUGUUUAUUCCUUAACAAGGGCAAUGUAUUUAGCUUGCUAGCUAAUCAUUCUUACCUUAAAACAUUAUGUCGAUGCCAAAACCAUCUGAGGAAGUGAAGUUUAAAACAUCAAUCGCCAUGACAAUUAUCGCCAGCCUCAAUCCCAGCUAUCUCUUGAAGUUUUUCUGAAGAAGCGGGUUGUUUUAGAACUAAGUCUGCAUUUUACCCCUGGUCUGGUCUGCAGUCUUCAGUCUGCAUUUUACACUCAGUCUGCACUUCACCACCAGUCUGCAGUCUGUGUUUUUCUCUGACCGAUAUCAAAAGCAAAAAGUUGACCAUAUCAAAAGUCAACUUGACCAAAUAAAAAGUCAACUUGACCAUACAAAAAAUAAAAAGUUGAGUUGACCAUAUGAAAAGUAAAAAUUGAUGUUAUUAAAAGUAAAAAGGGGACCACAUAAAACUCAAGUUGACCAUAUAAAAAGUAAAAAGUAGACUGUAUAAAAAGUUGAAUUGACCAUAUAAAAACUAAACUGGGUCACUGAAAUACAGAGGGAAUAUUGACUGGUUUGGCACCCCUUGGCACUCCCUCCCCCGUAUUCGGGAAGUGGUCAGGUAAUCAAUUAUUCCUUUUAAGUAACCACGUGAAAGCAUUCUCUUCAUGACUUAUCAAACUUGUCUGGCAAUAUAUACUCUAUUUCUCUACAAAAUUUAUUGUGUGUAUUUCAUUUGAUCUGUUUUUUAACCAGGAUGAAAGGUUGCUGAUUGUGCUCAAUAACUGUCGAUAUGUAAGAAUCAAUGUCCUUCCAAAACUGGUGGACAGCUUUAGAAAUAACGACUAUCCUAUCAGUGACAAGCUUAAAAAGGUAAUUUAACUGCAAAAAAAGUACACUGUGCAGUGUAUUUGAAAAUCAGCUUUGGUGUACUUGAAUAUGUAUAAGCAUGCAAAGUUAGUGAAGCCAAAAGCCUGUAAAUAGAUACUCUAUGUACAAGGCAGUCACACUUUUUUGUUUUUCGUUUUUUUGUUUAUUUGUUUUUUCCAAGUCAAUUCUGAAAUAAUUCACUUACUAAAUGGAGUGAGUACAACCUGCAGGCAUGGUUAGCUAUAAGUCAAUGCUUCUAAUAAAUGUUGACAUCAACAUGUGUCAUGAUUAUGUAUUAUUCUACUUAAGAUAUAUUUCUUAGUUUAUUAUUCCAAACUUUGGUUCAAAAAUGGCUAAAAAAAGAUGUCAAUAGGUUUCUUUAUAUUUACUUGUCACUUUGCCGCUUAUUUCCAAUGAGUGGAUGCUACAUAACAAUCAUUCAUUCAUUGUCAUAAGGAUCUCACCAGUGAAUUGUGUGAUUUGGAAAACAAAAUCUUCAAGGAAUACAUUGAUCAGAAAGCUGAGCCACUGUUGACCCAUGUGGAGUCUGGGAUGACAAUAGGUGACUUCAAAUGGCACAACUGUCUUCCUCCAAAAGGUACAGGGAUACAGAAAUGUCAACAGUAGACUGUGUUAAAAAACACACCUUCGCUUUGUGUGUGAUUGCUUUUCUUGACUUUCAGAAGCAUUUUUAUGAGUUUUUUUCCCUUUUGUGGUUAUGCAGAUGUGCGCAGCUAUGUUAAAGAUGUUAUAAUGAACUUGGUUACUGUACAUGCACAGGUGGGUGGCAGUAUGUGUAACCUGAUCUUAUAAUGCUGAGAAGUUGCUGCAGUGCAAAAUAAGGAGCAGACAGAAUAACAGAAGUAACACACAAACAAACAGACAAAGCAGCAGAAUGGUAAACAAACAUGAACACACACACAGACACACCCUCUAUUAACAGAUGGCUGGAAAGCAGGUGUGUUGUCAGACAAAUGCAGAGAGGUAAACAAGUAUAGGAAAGCAGACAAACAGGCAAAAAUACCAACUAGUGGAAAAUCAGGGAACAGUGUGGAGAAAGAGAUUACAGGCUAACCAAUGCAAAGGGAUGAGAGUAAAGAUAAAUAGAUGGUCUUUUUUUAGCAUUUGAUUGUAGCUCUAAAGUUAGCUUUUGUAUUUUUACCUCAGGUGUUUGCAGUAUCUGAGGAGCUUGUAAGUCAGGUGUUGUCCCAUUUGACUGACAUGUUGGCAGAUGAGUUCUGCAAGCUCAUUAGUGGGGUGAAAACAUUUACUUCAGCUGGAGCUGUUACCGUAAGUUAAAUACAGAUGUAUUUUUUAUUUCAACUUAGUUUAUGAUCAGCUGAGAAUUUGCUGUAAGUUUUACCAAACAACCUGAUGGCUGUAUCCUUAUCAUAGGAAAACAUUGCUAUGAGGCUCCUAUGUCUUCAAACCUGAGAUUCUUGAACUUGAAAACCAUUGAGUCAUGACAACAGACUGUAUAAUUCUGAAUUAGUCUAGGUCGACUGUCUGAGCUCACACUCGAAGAAAAAAGAUGGUUGUUGGGUUUAUAUUAUGAGUGCAUACAGAGGAAGAAACAAAAUUUCUCUGUGACCUCUAUGAUGGAGUAAACUUAGAUAAUAAACUAUCUGCCUCAAAUUCGUGACCCUUACAACACGCAAUAGUCUAGCUUCGUCAUUUAUCCCAGAGUAUAUACCAAAGUCAACUGUCAUGCAAUGUCCUACAGAUCACCCAUGUUUCCUUUUAUACACACACACCUCUAGACACGUGUAUAUACAGAAAAAAUAUUACUUUUUAAAUAUUACAAGGUAGGUAAUCCAAGUUAUAAUGCAGGAGAGUGUUUGUAUUUAAUAAAAUCUUGACAAUGUUCUCAGAACUCUUUUAAGAAUUUUUAAUUUUUUCCACCUUCUUUUAACUCAGGACACAGUUUGAAGAAUAUGUGUCAAACAGAGUUAUUAAGUUAAACCCUUAAAAAAAACUAGAGGUGGUAGCUCUCGAUAAAUUUUUGUAGGAACAACAUCCUUUGCACAAUCAGAAAGUUGGGUGUGGAAGUGUUUAAUAUGCAAUAGUCCUUCUGUAUUCUGAUUGGCUGUACUUUCUAUGGCUUAGUUUAUUAAGACCUGUUUGUUACUGUCAUCUCUCAAGUAAUAUGUACCAACAAAACUCAUCUGUCCUCCAAACAAAAGAGUAGAACAAAUUAAUCUCUUUGAUCAGGAAUUGUACAUUUGAUUAACAGCAUCCUUUUUUUUAAGGCACAUUUGGAGGCACAAGCUAUUCAAGAAGCACUAACAGCUUAUCUCUCACAGUAUGCUAGGUGUGUUUGUUUGUUUUUACUCUGUAUUAGGAGUUGCGCUCAUGGGAAAGCUUCUUUCUUCCUUCUUUUUGUCAGUUCCUUAGAUCUUCUAUUGUAAAGUCUCCUCUCUUUUAGGGUGCAACCAAGGCUCAUGAUCAAUAAUCUGAAUUAACAUAUGUUUUGCUUAAUAUAUCUUUCGUUUUGUUCUUUUUAAGUGUACAGGAUAGACAUUUGGUUUCCUAUCCUUUAAGCUUCUGUUUCAGUUCACAGGAUUUGAUGUUAAGAAAUCGUGUUGUAUUUCAGGGAUUUAUUCCAAGCCGCAUUCAGUAAGGUGCCCAGCAUUACUAAAGAUUCAGAUAAGAGGUGAGGUGGACCAUGAGGUCUUCGCACUCAGGGAGUGAACAAGAAGGGUAUUUGGGGGCGGAAAUUGUAGAAAGAGGGGUGAGAAUGCUUCCCUGUGUAUAUUAAUGUAUCGCUGAUUGCCGAACCUUGUUAGCUUUUCUCGCAAUCAAAAAGGAAGAGUGGGAACGAGUUACUGCCUAAUAUCUAGAGUUUCUCACCUGUCUUUUACUAUUUUACCUUGUAUUGAAUAUGUUAAUACCUCAACCAUACGGAACCCGUGGUUUACACACUGAGAAACACUUCAAUUUUGGGUGUAAAGUUUUCUGCGGACAGUUAAUUAUAACACAUGAGAACUUUUCUGUUUUUUAAGAUCAUUUUUUCCUUGUUUUGAAAGCCACGGUAUAUGAUAGUAAUGUUUCUUUGUUACAGAUUAAUAGAAGCUUUGAUGACAACUUUCAAACGGCGCAUGCGCUUCCAGCUGCUGUGUUUUCAGGUCGAUAUGGAGGAGCUAUGACCUCAUAACAGUUCACAGUCUUCUUGUCCAGUCUUAGAUUAUAUAAGGUCAAGAAUAGAUAAGAUGUCAGCAACAUAGUGAGAGGUUGGGUGCAAUGCCUUGAACCCCAUGUGUAGAUGUAUGCACGCUUUGUCCGGCAUUCUGUCUCCCUCUCUUACUGAAAAGGUAGCAAAUGCUCGGUUAAAUCUAUUUCAUGGAAUAGAUCGAUUGUUCGAUGUUAUAAUUGUAAUUGACCAUACUGGUUGUUCAUCAAACAACAUCUUAACCCUUUACACCCUAACACCAUUAUGCAUAUUCUCUAUACUAUUCUCUAUACAUUCCCUAGGUUCUAACAAGGAGAAUUUGUAAAACCAUCAAGAGCUUUGUUAGUUGUUGAUCAUUUCCUUUAUUCUCGUGACUUUUUAUUCAGGGGUGAUAUUGUAAGGAGAAAUUAAAACCUUGUCACUCUUACGGGUUAAAGGGUUAUUUGCAUAAUGCUAACUUGUAGUCAUACCAACAUCAUGAAGAGGUCUUGUGAGUGCCUAUCCGUUGGGCUUUUUGGCGUCUGUAUCAUAAUAUUCAAACAGGAC